CCCUGGCUCAAGAGCCCGAGGGCUCAGAGGGGGGAGGGCCGCCCGGCGCUCGCGGACACCUCGGGUCCGGCAGCGCGGCGUGGACGGCUGCGCCCCCCGGCCGGCAUGCGCGGGCCGCUCCUGGCGGCGGCGGCGCUGGCCGCGGCCGAGGGCCUGCUCAGCGCGCCCGGCGAGAGCUCCGACGCGCAGCGGGAGCCUCCCGAGCCGAUAUACGACGUGGUCGGCGUUCCAUUGCCCGUCGUGGUGUUGCUCACUGGCUUGCUUGUUUUCUUGCUGGCAACAGCUGCCAGGGCAGCGCAGCAGAAGCGCCGCGGCCAGAAGUGCGCCGGCCCCCUCGAGACCUGGUUGACCCUCGUCACCCGGUGGCCCCUGGUGGUCGCCUUCGCUGGGGUCGCGGUGACAGUCGGCCUCAGCUUCCUCGGGUGGCGCGCCAGCAACUACACCGUGGACGUGGACUGGGACGUUGCCGGCUACAUGCAGACGGAUUCCGACGUCGCCUUCAUGAGUCGGGCUGUGGACUACGCGGUGGAGGCGCAGAAGGCGACGCUCGCGGACGACGUCGAGACCCGGCGGCUCGAGUCCGGGGAGCUCAUUUCCGCCCAGGCAGUGGAUUGGUGGUACCUUACCUUCUUCUACACGGCGACUGGCGACAACGUCUUCACGCCCGCGGCCCUUGCAGAGAUCAAAGGCUUCGAGCAGGCCGUGCAGCAGUUCCCGGGAUACAGCGACUACUGCUUCAAGGGGGGCGGCGUGGAUUGCAGGCACCCAGAGUCCGUCGUCAACAUGUUCCACCCCAGCGCCUCCCCGGCGGCCGAGGACGGGUAUGCGUUCGUGAGCUACGACGGUCUCGGGAACUUGGCUAACAUCAACUCGACUUUGCAAGCGAUGAUGCAGCAGGGGGUGUACUGGUGGGUCGACGCUGACUUCGAUGCAAGACACCUCAAGAGCAAGAGCACCCGCUCACUGUUCAAGGGCGGCGCACCGCUUGAACCACAAGUUAUCACAGGGUCGCGAGUACAGGUCACGGACGAAGACAAUAAGAAGCAUGCGUCCUGGCUGAGACAGCUCUUUGACAAACACCUCAUCAGCGCGAACGACAAGUUCCAGCAUAUCACAGUCACGUGGCACGAGCCAUUGUAUUUGUCUUCCCACGAGGUGAUUACUAUAUUGCUUCAUGACGUCAGCUGGGCUCUGGGGUCGUUUAUUUUUGUGGCUGUGUUUCUCCUCAUCCAGACAAGGAGUCUUAUCCUCGCUACGAUGGCGAUAUCCAGCAUUUGCAUCAGCUUUACCACGGCAUUCUACUUCUACGCAGUGGUCGCAGGCUUCCCGAGGAUGUAUCUUGUGAAUUUCAUGUCCCUCUUUCUUGUCGUGGGAAUAUCUGCCGACAAUGUGCUGAUCCUGUCUCAGACGUUCGCGCUGGCGCGGGCUCGGACUUCUUUGCGAGACCUCGGUCCAGAGGAACACAUGCGGUGGGCGUACUACAGGGCUGGCAGCGCAACACUCUUCACCACGGCCACCACCUGCACCUCGUUCUUCUCGCUGCUGCUGUCGUCGAUGCCCGUCCUGCGCGGCUUCGGUUUCUACAUGGGCACCGUCGUGGCUUUGAACUAUGUGAACACCAUGGUCAUCUUCGCGGCCGUGCUCGUCCUCAGAGAUCGGUAUCGCAUCUGCGCCUGCUGCCGCUCACCAGUGCACGCGGCAGAGAGUCUCGAGGGCGGCUUGCCCCCGGCUUCUCCUCGAGGCUCUGUCGUGCCUUCCCUCGGGGGCGGCGCCGCCCGUUCGCCCCCGAGACGACUGUCCAAGGACGUCGACCAGCAGUUCAGCACGCCGCCGCGGUCGCUCAGGGCUCGCAGCAGGGGCCCGCUGCGCGCGUGCGAGCACGCAGAACUGACGCCCGCGAGCGCGCAGAGCACGCAGGCCCCCAGCAGGGCCGCCUCCAGCCCCGCGGCCGACGAGCGCCCGCGCGGGCGCCGCAGCGGCGCGGCGGGUCCCGGCGAGGAGCGGUGCAGAGAUCUCGAGAGCCGCGGGCAGGCUAACCAGAGCUGGGGCGAAGCGGACUGGAUGGACCAGGUGUCGAAUCCCAGCACCGUCUCCAGCUUCGACCAGGGGCGCCUCAGCAUGUCGGUGCGCUUCCUCGCAGGGACGAUGCGGGACUUGGUCUGGCGCUUCAGGUAUGCCGCCAUCCUGGUGCUGCCUCUCUUGUCGGCGCUGGGCGGCCUGAUGGCCUCCCUGAGCCUGUCGCUUGCCAGCGAGGCGCCGCAGGUCUUCGCGGAGCGCACUAACCUGGGCCGCCAGCAGUUGCUGCUCAUGAGGAGCUUCAGCUCCUACGACGUCAGUGACCUGAACAAGGCGAUCGCUGUCUUCUCGCCGCUGAGCUCCAAGGAGCGCUACUGCCCGGGGCUCCUCCCAGGGGGAGUGGUUUGCAGCGGCUGGGGCGUGUGCGACCACACGAGCUGGACGUGCGUGUGCGAGGGUGGUUACGCGGGGGAGGAUUGCUCGAUCUCCGUACGGCCAGGCGAGCUGAGCGUUGGCAGGACGGUGGUGCAGCUGGCCGCUGUCCAGAACAGCCCUGGGGGCGUCUACGUGGGCGGGCUGCUUUCGGCAGAGCUGACCCUCCAGAACGUCGGGGACACCUCCAUUGCCUGGUCCAUUGGCAUUCCCGAGAAGCCUUGGAUCUCCGUCCGCGGGAGCCCGAGCGGCACCCUGAGCCCUCGCCAGAUCGACGGCAGCACGGCGAUGCCCGCCGAGGUCAACGUCUUGAUCGAGGCGGACUUCUCGGGCAAGCCAGGCGGCUGGGAGGACGUAUGUUCCUUGGUUAUUAAUUGGGGCCGUGAUGGGAAUUGGUCGUUCGACACGCAGCGCGUUGAGGUGAUGGCCAGGGUGCUAGAAGAGUUGAUCCUGUCUGGGUUGUCUAUGAGUCCAGCGAUAGAGCUCAGCCCUCCAUUCAGCCCAUCAGUGCAGACAUAUUCGGCGUCCCUGCCAUUCCGUAUCACAGAGGUGCAGGUGCGGCCGAGUUUCUCCCCGCCCGCCGAGAAUGUCACAGUGCAAGACGAGCCGGUGACAAGCGGCGGACUGUCGGGCGCGGUGGCUCUGGAGCCAGGGGGAGAGGUGCAGGUGCGCAUCGUCGUGAUGGCCGCAGGCGCCGACAGCAUCACGUACUCGCUGAGGCUCGCCAGGGCAGAAGCAGAGCCGCCGCCGCCCCUUGCACUGAGCCGCGUGGUGGCAGAGGACGCGGCCAUCAGAGUGUGGUUCGAGCCGCACGGCGGCGACGGAUUCUACGACAUCGCUGGCUACCGCGUGGUCGUUGCCGACGCGUCCUUCGGCCCGCGAGAGGACACCGUCGCGUGCGUGCCGGCGCCGUGCUGGUCGCAGGCCCUGGCCUCCGAGGCGCCGGGCCUCGACUGCUGUGAGCACUGGGUGGGCGGCCUGCCGAACGGCGUCCCCCACGUCGUCAGCGUCUCGGCCGUGAGCCAGUACGGGGACAGCCAGUCUUCGAUUCCUGCAAUGUGCCAGGACAGCGAGUGCUGGCCGUGGCAGCCGGUGACGCCUCGGGCAGUGGCGGAGCUGCCGUCGGUCUCGCGGGCGCCGCAGGUCACCGUGGUCGGCGGAGGCGUAGUGAGGCUCGACAUUUGGGAGGACUCGGUCCAGUCUGGAGAUGCGGUGCCGCUCCUCUUCACGUGCUACGCGUAUGAGGCAGCAGUGCCGCUGGCGUCGCCGUCUUCGUCAGGCAGCAAUGCCAAUGGCGUCGGCAUCUUCGUGGACGGCUUGGACCCCGCCAAGGGGUACCUGUUUCGCUGCGAGGUCGCCACCGCCCGCCUCGUGCCGGGCGCCGGGGCACUCACCAGCAUGAGCCCAGAGUCCGCCGUGGUCUUCCCCGAGCUCUCGGGGUCCGCGCACCUCGUGGACUUCGAGCUGGAGCUGGAGUUCGACGACAGUUUGCACGACUUCCUGCUUCUACUGCUGUCCGACGACAGCGUGCGUGGAGCCAUCGCGGAGGCCCUGUCGCAACGGGUCGGAGCGCCAGUUGCUAUCGUGGAUUGCGAGCUGCCAGCAGAGGAAGCCAGCGACAGGCGCCUGGCCUCUCUGACCCUCAUCUUGCGGAUCACGGCGCAGGCUGGUGGACCGUCGGAGUUGGCACAACUCAUUGUCUACCUCAUGGGGGCUGAUGCCUCUGACGUGACAACCUUGAUCAGUGAGGCUUUGGGCGCAGAUGUUGUCGUGACUUCUGUGGUGGUCCUAGCCACUACCACAGCCACCUCUACCACGCCCAGUCCGACGGCCAGCCCCACGGCCAAUCCAACGCUGGCCACGGCCAGCCCCACGGCCAGUCCAACGGCCAGCCCUACGGCCAGUCCGACGGCCAGUCCGACGGCCAGCCCCGCGGCCAGUCCGACGGCCAGUCCGACGGCCAGCCCUACGGCCAGCCCCACGGCCAGUCCGACGUCCGACGGCUAG